CCAGUCCGAUUCCCGCAGUCAGCUGAGAGAGACUCGGAGCGCACAUCCUUUGGAAACAGCAUUUGAGACAGAAAGAGAGAGAGAGAGAGAGAGAAGAAAACCUAUAGGCGAAUAAUCGAGAGGCAUCAUGGCACCCAUCGGACUGAAGGCUGUGGUCGGCGAGAAGAUCAUGAACGAUGUCAUCAAGAAGGUCAAGAAGAAGGGAGAAUGGAAGGUUCUGGUGGUGGACCAGCUCAGUAUGAGGAUGCUGUCGUCCUGCUGCAAGAUGACGGACAUCAUGACAGAAGGGAUAACCAUCGUCGAAGACAUCAAUAAACGAAGGGAGCCGCUGCCGAGUCUGGAAGCCGUGUAUCUCAUCACCCCCUCUGAAAAGUCUGUACACAUGCUGAUUGCAGACUUCAAGGACCCGCCCUCUACGAAGUACAAAGGGGCCCACGUGUUCUUCACUGACUCCUGCCCGGACCCCCUGUUCAACGAGCUGGUGAAGUCUCGCGCUUCCAAGACCAUCAAGACCCUCACUGAGAUCAAUAUAGCCUUCCUUCCGUACGAGUCACAGGUGUACUCUCUGGACAACCCGGACGCGUUCCAGGACUUCUACAGCCCCCACAAGACCCAGCUGAGGAACCCGUUGAUGGAGCGACUCGCUGAGCAGAUCGCCACCCUCUGCGCCACACUGAAGGAGUACCCGGCCGUGCGGUACCGGGGGGAUUACAAAGACAAUGCCACCCUGGCUCAGCUGGUCCAGGAUAAGCUGGAUGCGUACAAGGCUGACGACCCAACCAUGGGGGAGGGUCCAGACAAGGCUCGCUCCCAGCUCGUGAUCCUGGACCGAGCCUUCGACCCGGCCUCCCCGGUGCUGCACGAGCUCACCUUCCAGGCCAUGAGUUACGACCUACUGCCCAUCGAGAACGACGUCUACAAGUACGAGACGAGCGGCAUGGGGGACUCGCGGGAGAAGGAGGUCCUGCUGGACGAGGACGAUGACCUGUGGAUGACACUACGACACAAACACAUUGCUGAGGUCUCCCAGGAAGUGACCCGCUCGCUGAAAGAUUUCUCAGCCAGUAAGAGGAUGAACACUGCUGGCGAAAAGACCACCAUGAGGGACCUGUCUCAGAUGCUGAAGAAGAUGCCGCAGUAUCAGAAGGAGCUCAGUAAGUACUCUACUCACCUGCACCUGGCUGAGGACUGCAUGAAGCACUACCAAGGGACUGUGGACAAGCUGUGCCGCGUGGAACAGGACCUGGCGAUGGGCACGGAUGCAGAGGGAGAGAAGAUCAAGGACCCCAUGAGGGCCAUCGUGCCCAUCCUCCUGGACGCCAACGUCUCCACUUACGACAAGAUCCGCAUCAUCCUGCUCUACAUCUUCCUCAAGAACGGAAUCACGGAGGAGAAUUUGAACAAGCUGAUCCAGCACGCGCAGAUCCCCCCGGAGGAUAGUGAGAUUAUCACCAACAUGGCACACCUUGGGAUGCCCAUCGUCACCGACUCGACCCUGCGUCGCCGGAACAAACCUGACCGCAAGGAGCGCAUCAGCGAGCAGACCUACCAGCUCUCCCGCUGGACACCGGUGGUCAAGGACAUCAUGGAGGAUGCCAUUGAGGACAAGCUGGACACGAAGCACUACCCUUACAUCUCCACCCGCUCCUCUGCCUCCUUCAGCACCACCGCUGUCAGUGCUCGCUACGGACACUGGCACAAGAACAAGACCCCCGGGGAGUACCGGACCGGGCCGCGUGUCAUCGUCUUCAUCAUCGGGGGCGUGUCCUUCAGCGAGAUGCGCUGCGCCUACGAGGUCACGCAGGCCAACGGGAAGUGGGAGGCCGUCAUUGGUUCUACCCACAUGCUCACUCCCACCAAAUUUCUAAUGGACCUGCAGCACCCGGACUUCAGAGAGUCCUCAAAGGUCUCAUUUGAGGAUCAAGCUCCCAAAGAGGAGUGAGGGGCACAAUGAAAAAGCUCCACCCACGUCUUCACUCCCACGAAGUUACUGGAAGCUCUAAAGCGAAUGAAUAAGCCAGACGAGGAGCAGCCGGCCAGCUAAAAACAACCACCGAGACGUUCUUCUCUUCUGCUCCCUGCCAUUCCCCUUUGUUCCUGCAGAUAACUCCCCUAUCCUCCCUCUCCCUCUCCCUCUCCCUCUCCCAUCCUCCUUCCCACCCGUUCUAGAACCCUCCAACAUCAACCAAUCAGAAGACCUGCUGUCUGCUGACAUCAUGAUCUCAGUAAAUAUCGUGUAUGCAUUGUGCUGAAACAGCAUGACACAGCAUUUAAAACUGUAACAAAAAGGUGUAAAAUGUUGAAACAAAAACCAAGAAAAAUAAUGUUGCUCGAAACCUGCUGGGUUCCUGCUUUGUUUUCUUCUUUGUUGAUGGAUGCAAUUGAGUUUAAGAAAUCAAAUAUUUUACGGCCACUUUGAACUGCAAAUGUAACAUUGUAUGCUCUACGAGACCUGCUAGAAACUGCAAGAGAUCUGACUUGUUUCUUUGUUUUGCUCGGUAGUGUACACUUUCUAUUGUUUGGUUUGUUGUUUCUGAUGAUCAGUGGAGGAAUGAGUUCUGACCGGAGCCAGCCAGAACACUGCGAUGCUAAUGGCAGCCCAGAACACAGAAUACAACGAGUUAGACUUCGGUUAGUCCUGAACCAAACUGGAGAUUCAUGACCUACAAAAAAAUAUCGUUCGCGACCAACUGUUACGCAAAGUGGUGUAGCUCUCAGCAGACCACAAACUCUUUCAAAACUGAGACAAUGUCGUUAAUUUAACAUUAUUUAUUUAUGUAUUUAUUUAUUUUUGGAAUUCAAGUUCUAAACCCAGACCGUUUUAUAUUUAUUUUAGGUUUUUGUUAGCGGAAACGGUGAGAGACGGGCUCUGGCGGCCAGUCUCUGUGUGAUGGAUAUGUUGCUACGGUAGUUGACCGUUUGUCAGUCCAGUUUUAUUUUCAGUAGCGAAGGAAACCAAGGUCUGCAGAUCAUGCUUCUGUAUCCAGGGUUUCCAGAGAAGGAAGUGUAAAGCCCAGCUUCCACAAGGAAACAUCCUGCUUCAAAAAAUGUCAGGAAACUUCAAAAUCGGGAAACUUCGCAUAGUCACAUGAUCGAUGACUCAUAGUCUGUCCUGAUUGGCCAAAGGUAAAAUGUUUCUCAAAGCACAACCCAGGUGUGCUCCAGUAAACAUGUUUCCUUGUUUCUGGAAACACAGAAACAUCCAGCAGACACGAGGAAACACUUUGUCUGGAAGCAUGUUUCUGGAGACGGAUCCUGGUGUAGGCUGGGCUUCGCUAAAGAACUUCCGCUGAAAAAACUUACACGCGCUCGGCUGUGCGCCGGAUUCCUCCAUCGAUUAACAAACAGAAGAACUUCUCGUGUAUAUAUAUGAAAAAAAAACAAACCACGAAGUCCAUAUAUUAAACGUGUAGUGUCAAAGAGUUGAUUGCUUGCAAACUUUUAAAAUAAAAAGGGCCGAUCGUCUUUCAGUAUUGUAUUUAGUAAAAUGAAGUCCUGUUAUUAUUGGUUAGUGUUGAGGUUUAUCGUUCAUGCACUGAAUUGUGUCGUGUGUCUGCUCUUCGCUGAUGUUAAUAGUCUCCCUAGUGAUAACUUGACUGUGAAGUAGUGUACCUUUCCUUUUGCUAGUACCUGUAUGUUCCUCCCCGCUGUGUCAGUGAUGUGUUUAAGUAAGCUGUCGUGGUUUCAUGAAAAUCCGGUCUUUUUGUUUGUCUGUGCACCGAAACAUCUUCCAUUGGCUAGAGGCUUUGGAAAUUCCUGCUUUCUUUAAUCUGUUUUUAUUUUCCCCAGGGAAAAAGACAAAGGCUGUAAACGCACGGAGUGUUGUUUUUUUGUCAUGCGAUGCUUAUAAAUGUUUGUUUUGUUUUUUUCCAUUUUUUUUUUUUGCUGUUGUAUAGAAUCACCGUGUCAAACGACUGAUUUAUAUCAAAAAGUUAUUUAUCAGAAGAAAAAAAAAAUUAAAGUUAGUCUGUCUUGAUCCCGUUUAUCAUGUUGGGAUUAUAUGUCUACAAAGUGGUGAAGCACAAACACCUGUACUACACAUGUACCGAUGUACUAAAGCUGUCUAAUAAAUUCACUUCCAUACAAAG